AACGUUAGAAUCAGAUAGUAUAAACGGGAAUACAUGUUUGUAUUUAAAGUUAAGGCAAAAACAACUUUGCUACGUUAAGAUUGGUGUUUGGUCACGUGAUUGGGGUCAAAAGUUUCGCGGGAAACAACAUGGCGAGCGAGAUGUCAUCUCCUACCUUGGACGCUGUGCAAUGUCCCGUCUGUUUGAUAGACUUUACGCCUGGCACCAUUAACCGACAUCUCGACGUGUGUCUGCUGAAAAGCGUUGCUGACAGCAGUCCGUCGACAACAGAAGAAAGCGAGCCUCCUUUGAAGAAAUAUCGCAUUAAUGCCACUGCCGAGGCUGAGCCACCCAGCACCACCGCGUCCAGCCCUUCCUCCGUGGCUGGUGCGGCUUCAUCUGUGUUUUCUUUGUUUCAGACCAACAAGAGUAAACGUUUAGCCCCAGGUGAACGCAACGGGUUUUUAUCAAGUAAACAAUCUCCUGUCAACAAGGGGGUUAAACGUAAUUUGCUCGCCGAGGCAGAACCAGGACCAGCAGCAGGUACAGAGGAUAUGAAGUCCCCUGGAUUAAACGGUCAUGCUUUGAAGACAUCCACUGAUUUAUCACCACGGACACUGCUGACGAGUAACAAGCCUCUGGCAGAGAUACUGAGACCAAACACACUGGAGGAAUACUUUGGUCAGAGUAAAGUUGUGGGACAGCAAACACUCCUCCGCUCACUGCUGGACUCCCAGGACAUCCCAUCCCUGAUCCUCUGGGGACCCCCGGGGUGUGGAAAGACAACUCUGGCUCACAUCAUUGCCAGCAGCAGUAAAAAGAAGGGAACAGCUCGUUUUGUCUCUCUGUCCGCCACCAGCACGUCCACCAAUGAAGUGCGAGAGGUGAUCAAGCAGGCGCAGAAUGAGCUCCGGCUGUGCAAGAGGAGGACCAUACUGUUCAUCGAUGAGAUUCAUCGCUUUAACAAAUCACAACAGGUGGAGUAUUAAACCAAAU